AUGAUGUUACAUUUGUGCAGAUAUACAGCGCAAGCACAUCAGUGCUUACAUCAGUUAAAGCCACUGCAGACAUGUCUGCCCUCACUUUGUGUGAAGAGACGAGAGUCCUCAUCCACAGUGCCUCGAAUCACUACACACUACACCAUUUGCCCACGUGAGGAGGACAACAGAUGGGAAGGGAUCAAUAUGGAACGGUUUGCAGAGGAAGCAGAUGUGGUAAUUGUUGGAGGUGGCCCAGCUGGUUUGUCUGCAGCCAUACGAUUAAAACAGCUUGCAACUGAAAACGAUAAAGAGCUCCGUGUCUGUUUGGUAGAAAAGGCAUCCCAGAUUGGUGCUCAUAUACUUUCAGGAGCCUGCCUGGAGCCUCGAGCCCUGGAUGAGCUUUUCCCUGACUGGAAGGAGCGAGGGGCUCCUCUACACACUAAAGUGGCCGGAGAUAAGUUUGGAAUUUUAACAAAGAAGCACAGAAUACCAGUUCCAAUUCUCCCAGGACUUCCAAUGAAUAAUCAUGGGAAUUAUAUUGUAAGACUUGGACAAUUUGUCAGUUGGCUCGGAGAGCAAGCAGAGGCUUUGGGGGUUGAAAUCUAUCCUGGCUAUGCUGCUGCAGAGGUACUUUUCAAUGAGGAUGGCAGUGUCAAAGGCAUUGCAACAAAUGAUGUAGGCAUUCAUAAGGAUGGCUCACCAAAGUCAAACUUUGAGCGUGGUUUGGAACUCCAUGCUAAAGUCACCAUCUUUGGAGAAGGCUGUCAUGGGCACCUUGCCAAACAGUUGUACAAGACUUUCAAUCUCCGAGAGAACUGUGAACCACAGACAUACGCUAUUGGUCUGAAGGAGCUGUGGAUUAUUGAUGAGAAGCAUUGGCAGCCUGGUCUUGUUGAACACACAGUAGGCUGGCCUUUGGACAGACACACCUAUGGAGGAUCAUUCCUUUAUCACCUGAAUGAGGGGGAACCACUUGUUGCACUUGGGUUUGUGGUUGGUCUAGAUUAUCAGAAUCCAUAUCUGAGCCCCUUCAGAGAAUUUCAAAGAUGGAAACAUCACCCCAGUGUGGCCCCUACUCUGGAAGGUGGAACAAGGAUUGCUUAUGGAGCGCGAGCACUUAAUGAAGGUGGAUUCCAGUCUUUACCAAAACUGACAUUCCCUGGUGGUGUGAUGGUUGGUUGCAGUCCUGGGUUCAUGAAUGUACCGAAGAUUAAAGGUACUCAUACAGCAAUGAAGAGUGGUAUGCUGGCCGCAGAAUCCAUCUUUAAACAUCUGACAGAUGAAAACCUCCAGUCAAGUACUCAAGGGCUCAGUGUUCCAGAGUAUGAAGAGAACCUAAGGAAGUCAUGGGUCUGGAAGGAGCUCUACUCAGUGAGAAAUAUUAGACCUUCCUGCCACAGCAUUUUUGGAUUGUAUGGUGGCAUGGUCUACACUGGCAUUUUCUACUGGAUACUAAGAGGGAAAGAGCCUUGGACACUUACACAUAAAGGUUUAGAUUGUAAUCAGCUCAAGCCAGCUAAGGAUUGCACUCCUAUUGAGUACCCUAAACCUGACGGGAAAAUAAGUUUUGACCUGCUGUCAUCUGUGGCACUGAGUGGUACUAAUCAUGAGCACGAUCAACCAGCACACCUGACACUACGAAAUGACAGUGUACCGGUGAAUAAGAACUUAGCUGUAUAUGAUGGCCCAGAGCAGAGAUUCUGUCCUGCAGGUGUUUAUGAAUUUGUUCCGCUAGAAUCAGGUGAAGGCUCACGGUUGCAGAUCAAUGCACAGAACUGUGUCCACUGCAAGACAUGUGACAUUAAAGAUCCAAGUCAGAAUAUUAACUGGGUUGUGCCAGAAGGAGGCGGUGGACCUGCUUACAAUGGAAUGUAA